UUGAUACACUCCAUAACACGUUGACUUUUUGUAUAAAAAGAACUUAUGAAAAAUUAAAAUUAUGUUGAAUGUAGUGUUUUUUGUACUUAUUUGUGUAGUUCUUAAUAAUGGUAUAUCGAAUUCUCAAGUCCUGCAAUUUGGUCGGUGCACUGAUGUGAAAACCAUGGAAUACUUUCAAUUGGAAAAAUUUCUCGGUCUCUGGUACGAGAUCGAGCGGUUUCCGAUCUGGUACGAGGACUAUGGUAGCUGCGCUUACAAGCGGAUUCAGGCAUGUGGCAGACACAUUGAGAUUGAUCAUUCGUUCAUCAGAGACGGCGUUCAGUACAUCCUUCAUGUUAACAGCAGUUAUGUACCGGGAGAUGAUGCUGUUUUUGUUAUUGAACAUAACAAUAUUGAUCCAAUGGGUGUUCCUCUGACAAUAAUAACCACAGAUUACACAAAUUACGCAGUCGUCUACGGAUGCAAUUUUAAUGAACACAUCGGUAUUAAAUACAUUUCAGCCUGGAUUCUGUCAAGAAAUUCAACCUUAGACACAGAGACACGCGACAAGGCUCGUUUGGAACUAAAUGCGAUACCUUACGCAAGUGUAGCAUAUCUGGAGCCAGUUCCUCAAAGUGAAGCUGACUGUGACUUCCACUGGACAGCCCAUGUGCAGUCCGUUAAUAUGGAAAAUUAUAUAAACAAUGAUUAAAGUAAAGUAACAUAAUAUCA